UGCUGCUGCUGCUGCGUGUGCAGGGGCCAUUCCUUGUUGGGACAGCAGGACAGGGCCUUCGAGUUUCUUACUUCUCCGUCUUCAGCUAUGGCAGAAAACUCGGACAAAGUUCCUAUCACCAUGGUAGGGCCUGACGACAUUGAGUUUUGCAGUCCUCCGGCAUACACCACCGUGACCGUGAAGCCCUCCAGCCCUACGCGACUGCUCAAGGUCGGAGCUGUGGUCCUCAUUUCCGGCGCGCUGCUGCUGCUUUUCGGGGCCAUAGGGGCCUUCUACUUCUGGAAGGGGAAUGACAAUCACAUUUACAAUGUUCAUUACACCCUGAGUAUCAAUGGGAAACUACAAGAUGGGUCAGUGGAACUAGAUGCUGCGAACAACUUGGAGACCUUUAAAAUGGGAAGUGGAGCUGAGGAAGCAAUUGAAGUUAACGAUUUCCAGAAUGGUAUCACUGGGAUCCGUUUUGCUGGAGGAGAAAAGUGCUACAUCAAAGCACAGAUGAAGGCCCGCAUCCCUGAGGUGGGCACUGUGACCAAGCAGAGCAUCUCUGAACUGGAAGGCAAGAUCAUGCCAGUUAAAUAUGAUGAAAACGCUCUGAUCUGGGUGGCCAUGGACCAGCCUGUGAAGGACAACAGAUUCUUGAGUUCUAAAAUCCUUGAACUCUGUGGCAGCCUGCCUAUUUUCUGGCUUAAGCCUAUGUAUCCAAAAGCAAAUUUUGCAGAAACCCAAAGAGAGAGAAGAGAAGUAGUAAGAAGCAUUGCUCCCUCUACCACAAGAAGACCACACAGUGAACCUCGAGGCAACCCAGGCCCUAGAAGACCAAAUAAUGAAAGCAGGCCCAGUGUUCAGGAUGACGCAGAACCUUUCAAUCCUGACAACCCUUACCACCAGCAGGAAGGAGAAAGCAUGACAUUUGACCCUAGACUGGACCAUGAAGGAAUCUGCUGUAUAGAAUGCAGGCGGAGCUACACCCACUGCCAGAAGAUCUGCGAGCCGCUGGGAGGCUACUACCCAUGGCCGUAUAAUUAUCAAGGAUGCCGUUCGGCCUGCAGAGUUGUCAUGCCAUGUAGCUGGUGGGUUGCUCGCAUCUUGGGCAUGGUGUAAAACCAUUUCAUCUAUCAGGUACCGUCAAGCAAGAAUUAACUUGAGAGUUGACAACCAAAUAAGUAUAAAACAUGUUCAUGCCAAGGGACCAUAAAGUAUUUUAUACCAGCCCGAAUAAUGUUAUCCUAUCUACAACAGAACCUCUCACCUGUGUGUGCAAAUGUAUGGAAAGGGUAGUUUAAGUCUAUAAUUACUAUCCCUUUACUCUUUGCUUUGCCAAUAAAGCCCGUUGCAAGUCUUUAAAAGUUACUUUUGGAACAUGGAAAGUUAUUUACAAUUUGUCCUAGAUCUGUCAUGUACUUGAAUUCCUUUUAAUCAAAUCAUGACUGAAAUCAUCCCAGUAGUUCUAUUGUUUAUAUGAAAUUCAAAUGUCCUUAACCUUCACUGCUAUUCCAAGUCUUGCAAAUGUGCCCAGGGUUUCC